UUUUAUUAGUCUCAGUGUAUUGCCCCGAGUUACUGAUUAUGAAUUUUGUCUUAUCGUCAUUCUUAUCACACCUUUUCUUCUAGAACAUCGUUCUCUUCACCGACAGCUCAGUGCUGACUGUUUUUUCCUACUUGUUGAAUAGCACCACCCUUCCCUCUGUGUGGAUUGCUCACUGUUCAAGGUUCAGGAAGAUAACAAGAGAUGAGACUUACCAUGGGUGAGAAGACUCAACAGCCGCUGCUGCUAAUUUUGCUGUGUUUGUCGGGGCUUGUUCCCCGUUCUGCUGCUUUUAUGUUUUGGACAGCCUUGAUUGAGACAAGCUAUUCCUCCAGCAACAAUGAGACCAUGCCAAAGUACUGUGAGUGUGGGGUUUAUGGCCGUAACUCUCCUCUGAUACGAGCUGCAGGCUUUGUGGUUCUUCCAAAAGGAGAUCCCACAGGCUGUGGCCGAGAUGUCACCUACAGCCGGAACAGCUCCCAGUCAUGGAUAGCGCUGGUGAAAAGAGGCAACUGUACCUUCAGCGAAAAAAUCAAUGCUGCCAAGAAACAAGGAGCAGACGCAGUGGUGGUGUACAAUGUGGAGGGCAGUGGAAAUGGCACCACUCAUAUGUCUCACCCAGAUGCAGACGAAAUUGUCGCCAUCAUGAUCGGCAACAUUCAGGGCUCAGAGAUCGCCAGGUCAGUGAAAAAUGGGACAGUUGUCCAUAUGGUGAUAGAUGUAGGCACUGCUCACGGGCCCUGGAUGGACACGUACUGGCUCUACUUCCUUUCUCUUGCCUUCUUCAUCGUGACAGCUGCCUCCAUUGCCUACUUUGUGUUCAUCUCUGCAAACCGUCUGUACAACAUGAACAGGCACAAGCGUGCUGAGAAGAGGCUGAAAAAUGAGGCCAAAAAGGCCAUAGGGCGCCUUCAGGUUCGCACACUGAAACGAGGGGAUGAGCUCACUACCUCUGACUCAGUGUGCGCAGUUUGUAUUGAAUCCUACAAGGUGGGCGAGGUGGUGACGGUGCUAACCUGUGAGCACAUCUUCCACAAAACCUGCAUUGAACCCUGGCUGCUGGAGAGGAGGACCUGCCCCAUGUGCAAGUGUGACAUCCUGAAGACCCUGGGAGUCGAGGAAGAGGUCAAAGUGAGCGUGUCCAGAAGUUCUCCACCAGAGGUCACUGUGAUCACAGUGGCAGGAGGAGACACACUGUAUGAAGUCCCGCUGAAUGAGCCCAGGAGCCCUGAACCAGAGCAACAGCAGCAUUUCUAUGACAACAGGACCUUCGAACCAGAGCAACAGCAGCAUCUCUAUGACAACAGGGCCUUUGAGGAACACUCCGAGGCUGCUAGAGAAUGAAGUGCAGCAGGAACAAAACAAUGAACAAUAAUAACCCUUUACACUGAACCAGGACAGUUCAAUCAAGGGUCCAAUCAGAGAAAUCAUCUUCCAAUCCAGACAUAUUUAAAAACCAACUUAGAAUCAGUUAAGAGAAAACUGUUUUAAUUAGGUUGCAGUCAUUUUAUUUUCUUGGUAAUAAAGCAUUAAUUACACAUGUUUUCACAGAUGUGUCUUUAAAUGAUUGAAAACAAACAAGCUGCAGGAUGACAUCAGGUUCUCUUCUCUGUUUUGCAUAGGCGCCAUGUUUAUGGACACAGAGGGCAGGAAGGGAGUUAAAAAUCUGUACACUGUUGGGGCCAAAUUUUUUACUGUAGAUUUUGUCACUUUCUUGCGUCUCUUCCUUAUGAGCAAAAAAAUGUCUUUUCAUCAAAAUACUUUUGGUUAUUUCACUUUCUUUCUGUGUUUAAACUGGAUUGGAUUUUUCCAUUUUCGUUCAAGCUGAGCAGCUGUUUUUGUUUUAAAUGCAUGCCCGCAUGACCACACCCUUGACUGGAUCAGCAGGAAAGCUCACAUUGCACUACUAUGACAAACCAAAAUCCCCUGAAGGACUGUGCAGCUUUUGAAACAUUCUUGUUGGAACUGGCUUAUACCUUAUUGGGCAGUGAAAUGAAUGUAUGUCAUUGAGACUUUAGAUGAGCUUAAAAAAUCUUUUUCUUGGAUAGUGGGGAAAUAAAACAUUCCUGUCUUUUAAAUUAUAUAUAUCUAGACCUGUUUAUAAUUUAUAAAGUUUUUGUUAAUAUAAGAUGAUGAAAAAGGGUUUGAACAAUCUUCCACAGCUAAAGAACCGAUUUCAAAGCACAAAUUCUUUGUCUUCCUUGUUUUUGUCAAUUUAUUUGGUUUUUCUGGUCUACCUCUGACUGAGCUGCUUUAUGUUUAACUUAGAAGAUAUAUAUUUUUAAAAUUCCAGCAUUAGUCAAGUCUCACUUUAGAUAACAGUUGUUUUUUUUCCUUAACCUUUAAGGAUGUGCUCAAAACGGUACUUACUGUCCCUUUACCAAUGCUGAUUUAUUUCCAUGGAUGUUUUAUAGAUUCCGGGAGUCUUUAAUUGAAAUGUCAAAACAAAUGCAACUUCUGUAUUAAAUCACAUUGAUGUUUAUUAGAAUCAAUAAAUCCCUCAAAAUGAGGCUAA